GAUGUGCAGGAGAGGGAGGUGAGUGGAUAAAAGGAGGCUGUUGUACUGCGACUGGAGGUAGAUAUGCGAUCAGGUAGGAGGAUGUGUUGGACUCAGCCGUGGCUGCUGGCCCUUCUGGCCUUUUCCUCUCUCACUUCUCUGGCUGAUACAUCUCCAUUGACGGUGAUGUCUGCUCCCAACUUGUUGCGGAUAGGAACAGCAGAACAGAUCUUUGUGGAUUGUCAAGACUGCUCUGGAAACGACAUCAGGGUUGAUAUCAGAGUGUUGAACCAUCCAACCAAAGCCAGAGUUCUGACAACCACAUCUGUGACCCUUAACAGUGAAAAUAAGUUCCAGGGACUUGGACGAAUAAUAAUCCCUGCUGAUGGCUUCAGUAAGAAUCCCAACAUGAAGCAGUAUGUACACUUGAAGGCACGGUUUGCUGAUUUGGUUGAGUUGGAAAGAGUUGUCUUAGUGUCCUUCCAGGCUGGCUACAUCUUCAUCCAGACUGACAAGACCCUCUAUACCCCCGACAGUACAGUCUAUUACCGGUUGUUUGCAGUGACAGCCAACAUGAAGCCUGUGGAGAAGAAUGAGCAAAACCAAAUCGAUGAUUCUGUUGUCAUUGAGAUUGUGAACCCAGAUGGCAUAAUUUUUCCAGAAACUCAAAUGAAAGUUAUAUCAGGGACCCUCCCUGGAACAUAUAAGCUCAGUGAUGUUGCCAGUCCUGGACUGUGGAAAAUUGUAACAAAGUUCCAGAACAACCCACAGCAGAGCUAUUCUGCAGAGUUUGAAGUAAAAGAAUAUGUGCUGCCCAGUUUCGAGGUUAAACUGACAGUUGAGCAACCCUUCUUCCAUGUAAACAACCAAGACUUCACUGUCAACAUUAAAGCUACAUAUCUGUUUGGUCAACAGGUGGAAGGGACGGCCUAUGUUGUAUUUGGUCUUAUGCAUCAGGAUCAAAAGCAAAGCAUGCCCAGCUCUCUUCAGAGAGUGCCGAUUAAAGGAGGGAAUGGAGUGGUCAAACUGAAGAGAGAUCACAUCACCUUCCAAAAUAUCCAAGAUUUGGUGGGGAGUUCCAUAUUUGUAACAGUCAGUGUGCUGACAGAGAGCGGUAGUGAAAUGGUGGAGGCAGAGUUGAGAAAUAUCCGUAUUGUUACAUCACCUUACACCAUCAACUUCAAGAAAACACCAAAAUAUUUCAAACCAGGAAUGGCCUUUGAUGUUGUGGUUGAAGUUGCGAAUCCUGAUGGCACUCCAGCAAAAAAAGUUAAAGUUGUGAUAAAUCCGGGUAACGUGGAGGGAUUCACUGCAGCCAAUGGUGUGGCAAGGCUUAGCGUUAAUACAGAUGAAACCAUUCAACCACUGACAAUUACUGCCAGAGUUUUGAGUUUGAACAAUGGAUCAGCCACCAUGGUAGCUCAGCCAUACUCCACCCAGAGCAAAAGUUACAUCAGCAUAAUGGUGGAUGUACCAGAGGUAAAAAUAGGAGACAGUGUAAAAGUCGUCUUCAACCUUAACAAGGCGGAUGAUGCCCAAACCGACGUCACAUACCUGAUCCAGAGCAGAGGUCAACUAGUGGAAAGUGGCCGUGAAGUGAAGAGACCAAUGAUAGCCAAGAUGCUUCUCAUUAAAAAGGAAAUGCUGCCAUCGUUCCGCAUCAUAGCCUACUACUUAACAAAUAACAAUGAAGUGGUAUCAGACUCUGUUUGGGUGGAUGCAGAGGACUCUUGCAUGGGCUCGUUGACCCUAGAAAAACCACCUCAAUUCUUUGAGCCUGGCAAAAUGUUUAAUCUGAAGGUCACUGGAGACCCAGGGGCCAAAGUAGGACUGGUGGCAGUUGACAAAGGGGUCUACGUCCUAAACAACAAGCACCGUCUGACCCAGAAAAAGGUAUGGGAUGUAGUGGAGAAGUAUGAUACAGGCUGCACACCUGGUGGAGGGAGGGACAGCAUGAAUGUGUUCUACGAUGCUGGGCUGUUCUUUGAGUCCAACAUGCACGAUGGGACUCCCAACAGAAUAGAAUUGAAAUGUCCAGAGCCCAGCAGGAGGAAACGAGCCAGUUCAAUACAGGACGUCAGAGCCAGCUUAAGUAUUCAUUAUAAAAAAAACAGCACAAAACUGCGUGAGUGUUGUUUGGAUGGCAUGAAGGACAGCCCUCUCUCGUAUAACUGUGAGAGGCGCAGCCAGUACAUUGUGGAUGAUCCAGCCUGUGUCAAGGCCUUCCUGCACUGCUGCAGCGAGCUGGAAAACCAGCGGGAUGAGAGGAAGCAAGACAGCCUCCUACUGGCUCGCAGUGAAGAUGAUAGCAAUUACUUCAUCAGCGAUUUUGCUUCUCGCACCCAGUUCCCUGAAAGUUGGUAUUGGACGGAUACCGACCUGCCUUCUUGCCCUGAAGGCAAACCAAACUGUGACUCCACCACAUUUGAGGAACAGGUAGUUUUGAAAGACUCCAUCACAACCUGGCUGUUCAGUGCCAUCAGCCUUUCAAGAACUCAUGGAAUCUGUGUUGGCGUUCCCAUCGAGGUGGUUGUACGGAAAGUAUUCUUCAUUGAUCUCAGACUGCCAUACUCUGCUGUCCGUGGAGAACAAGUAGAAAUUAAGGCUGUUCUCCACAACUAUACUCCUGAAGAUAUUGACGUGCUCGUGGAACUGAUUGAGGCGGAGCAUGUAUGCAGUUCGGCCUCUACGCGUAAAAGGUUUCGUCAGGAGGUCCGCAUUGGAAGUAAAACAACACGAUCUGUACCCUUCAUCAUUAUUCCAAUGAAAGACGGAAAAUUUGAUAUCGAGGUCAAAGCAUUUGCUAAAAAUGAGUAUGCGCUCAGAGAUGGAGUCAGGAAGAAGCUGCUGGUGGUGCCUGAAGGUGUGCUGACAAGGUCUUUGAAAAGUAUAACUCUCGACCCUGCUAAUAAAGGUGUAGAUGGCACACAAGCGAGAUCUUUAAACGCAGGAAUUUCAGAGACAGAUCUGGUUCCAAAUACACCAAGUAACACAUACAUAUAUGUGACUGGAAGAGAGCAGUUAGGUGCACUGGUGGAGAACGCGAUUAGUGGGAACUCUAUGGGUACUCUGAUUAGAGAGCCCUCAGGUUGUGGAGAGCAGAACAUUGCAAGUAUGACCUUACCUGUAAUUGCAACCACAUAUUUGGACACAACUAACCAGUGGGAAACUGUGGGCUUUGGGAAACGUAACGUAGCUCUCCAACACAUCAAGACUGGCUACCAAACGGAACUGAACUACCGUAAAACAGAUGGGUCGUUUUCUGUGUUUCCAGAUCGGGUGGGCAGCACCUGGCUGACAGCCUAUGUUGCCAAGGUGUUUGCCAUGGCCAACAAACUGGUGCAAAUAAAAAAAAGUGACAUCUGUGAAGCCAUCAAGUUUCUGAUUCUGAAUGCACAGCAACCUGACGGCGCUUUUACAGAACUUGGAGAGAUAAUUCAUUCAGAGAUGAUUGGGGAUGUGCGCGGCACAGAUUCAGAGGCCUCCUUGUCGGCCUUCUGCCUCAUUGCCAUGCAGGAGUCACGCUCAAUAUGUAAUGAGACUGUUAAUAGUCUUCCAGGCAGUAUAAGAAAAACAACGGCCUACUUGGAAAGGAGUUUGCCCGGCCUAACCAAACCAUAUGCUGUUGCAAUGACAUCAUAUGCCCUGGCAAAUGAAAAAAAGCUAAACCGGCAGAUCCUCUACAACUUUGUCUCAGAGUCAAACCAUUGGCCUGUACUUAACUCAGAUCUUUACACACUGGAGGCCACAGCGUAUGCUCUUCUGGCUUUGGUCAAGGAUAAGCGUUUUCAGGAUGCCAAACCUGUUGUCAGAUGGUUCAACCAAAAGCAGAUAUAUGGUGGAGGCUAUGGAUCAACUCAAGCUACUAUAUUGGUCUACCAGGCAAUAGCUGAGUACUGGGUCAAUGCUAAUGAACAGGAGUAUAAUGUGAAUGUUGACAUUGUGCAUCCUAAAAGGAAAGACCCUGCAAGGUUCCACAUUAACAGAAAUAACCAAUACUCCACUAGAACAUCCAAGAGCAAAGGAAUAAACGAGGAUGUGAUGGUAAUUGCCACAGGAACAGGAGAAGCUACUGUGAAUAUGGUGUCGCUGUAUUAUGCUCGGCCUAAAGAAAGGGAAAGUGACUGUCAGAAAUUUAACCUGUCUGUGAAGCUCGAUGAAGUGAAAAUGGAUGGGGAUGAGAUGGUAUACAAGCUGGUAAUACACGUUUUGUUUAAGGAUAAGACGCGCAGUGCAACCAUGACCAUCUUGGACAUUGGGUUGCUGACUGGCUUCGAAGUUAAUACAGAUGACCUGAACACAUUGUCCACUGGAGUUGCCAAAACCAUUUCGAGGUAUGAGCCGAAAAGUCCUAUGCUGUCAGACAGAGGCUCACUCAUCAUCUAUCUGAACGAGGUUUCUAAUGUAGAAACACAGGAGGUCGCUUUUAAAGUCCGUCAGAAGCUGAGAGUUGGCGUCUUACAACCAGCUGCUGUGUCUGUCUAUGAAUAUUACAACCAUAAUAACAUCAACCAGUCAGCUUGUGUGAAGUUCUACCACCCAGAGAGAAAAGAUGGAGAGCUACUGAGGCUCUGUAGAAAUAAUGAAUGCACAUGUGCUGAAGAGAAUUGCAGUAUGCAGAAGAAGGAGAAGAUCGAUAACAAUGAGCGAACAAGUAAGGUGUGUGAGGCUAACAAGGAGCACAAAGUAGAUUUUGUGUACAAAAUGAGACUGGAAAAUUUCACAGAAGAAGUAUCCACUCAUAUUUACACAAUGCGAGUUGUGGAAGUCAUCAAAGAAGGGAGUGAUAAAAUGUGUCAAAAGAAGCCAGGCCAAGACUUGAAUAACAGAAUCUGUGACCUGGGUCUCGGUCCAGUGCGUCCUUUCCUCAGUUUUAAGCACUGCAGGGUGGGUUUGAAUCUGAAAAUAGGCAGUACCUACCUCGUCAUGGGCAGGGCCACAGAUAUUCACAAAGAUGAGGAGAAACAAUCGUACAUGUAUGUACUCGGUGAGAGAACCUGGAUCGAGUACUGGCCCACUGUAGCUGAGUGUCAGACUGAGAAACACAGGCAAACCUGUCUGGGCUUGGAUGACAUGCUUAGUAUCUACCAAAUCUUUGGAUGUGAAAACUAAAAGAAACACAUUUCUUUGAUUGCUUUGUUUUUGCAUUAUUCUCAUGUAAAACUAUGAGGUACAAGUUAUGCAAAAGUCACAAAGAUGCAUCAUGUUUAUUAAAAUGUGAUGGUCCUUAA